AUGUCUUUCACCCAACCAUAUACUCCAGCUUCUUCCUCUAGGGCCAUCUCCAUCUCACAGUCGCUGGACAUGGUGCCUGAAGAAGACUCUGAGAUGGAUGACUCGCAAUUCGAGACUCUACCACUAGACAACUUAAAGAAGAAGUCAACCAGCAGCGGGCGAUUAAUAAGUCCCCUCAGACUGUUUCGCAGUCUCUACGCUCCAAGGACAAGACCUCGUCGAUUCUUCCCUGCACGCCCGCUCUCCCGAAGAGCGCGAAUCAUCCAAGCCUUGCGGCGGCUAUUCUGCGGCGUGCCGGUGCACUGCCACUCGCACAACGACUACUGGCGCGAGGAGCCGCUCUACUCGGCACUGCGCGCCGGCUGCAUCGGCGUGGAGGCCGACAUCUGGCCGUCCAACCCCGACCUUCUGGUCGGCUACACGCCGUUCACGCUGCACGCCGACGUCAUCCUGCGCCGCCUCUACCUCGACCCGCUGCUCGACCUGCUCCAGAAACACAACACGCGCAGCAGCCAGCUCCAGCCCGCCCACGGGUCGUCCCCGCCCGCGGGCGUGUUCGCCACCGACCCCGCCCAGACCCUCGAGCCCGUGCAGGCGCAGCUGCAGCCCCUGCGCGCCGGCGGGUUUUUGACUUCCUACAACGGCACGGCCGUCGUCGAGCGGCCCGUCACCGUCGUCGCCACCGGCGAUGUCCCCUUCCAUCGCCUCGUCGCCAACACGACCUACCGGGAUAUCUUCUACGAUGCGCCGCUCGACCAGCUGGAGGGGACUCCGCGGGCGUCGGAGGGCAGGGGGGUCGAGGAUUCCCCUCCGGAUUCCCCUCCAGCUUUGUCGGAAAGCGACGACGACGGCUACACCCGCGCGAACAGCUACUACGCCUCCGUGGACUUCCGGCGCACGAUCGGGAGUCUAUCCGGCAAUCGGUUCUCGGAGGCGCAGUUGGCCCGCGUGCGCGCGCAGGUCGCCGCCGCGCAUGCCCGCGGCCUGAAGGUGCGGUACUGGGGCACGCCGGGCUGGCCGCGGGGGUUGAGGAAUCAUGUUUGGCAUGUGUUGGUCAGGGAGGGGGUCGAUCUGAUCAAUGUGGAUGAUUUGUAUGAGGCGACGCGGCAGGAUUGGCGGAAGCAUCGGAGCUGGGGGUUGUGA